AUGGCACAGGAAUACAGGCUCAAAGGGGUCACCUCGCUCGCGCUGCAGCCCGGCGAGAAGCAGGAGGUCGAGGUGGAAGGUCUUGAUGCCAAGGUCUUGCUGCUCAAUGCCGCCGGAACAGUCCAGGCGAUCGGCCCCCGGUCAUGCUUCAAUGCCAAGACCGGCGACGUCGAAGAUGCUCCAGCCCUCGACGAACUCCCCAUUUUCAAGGCGACCGAGCGCGACGGCGCCGUCUAUAUCACGGGCGAUGCGGAAACGAUCAAGCGGGGCCACCGCAAGCCCAACUUCAAGUGCACAGCGACGGGCGGUGACAAGGUGCUUGUCGUGGGUGGCGGCUCCGGCGCGCUCGGCGUCAUCGAAGGCCUGCGCAACGGUGGCUACCAGGGCGCCAUCACGCUCAUCUCCAACGAGGGCUACCUGCCCAUCGACCGCCCCAAGCUCAGUAAGGCGCUCUUGACGGACUUGGCGAAGCUCCAGUGGCGCGAUGAGGCCUGGUACAAGUCUGGCAGCGUCGACAUCGUCCACGACGAGGUCACCGGCGUGGACUUCGGCACCAAGACGGUCACCACCAAGUCCGGCGGCAAGUUUGCUUACACCAAACUGGUCCUCUCGACCGGCGGGACACCACGCGUUCUGCCGCUGCAGGGCUUCAAGGAGCUGGCAAAUAUCUUCACCCUGCGCAAUGUCCACGACGCGAAGCGGAUCGUCGACGCCAUCGGAGAUAAGGGCAAAAAGAUCGUGAUAAUUGGGUCGUCCUUCAUCGGCAUGGAGAUUGCGGUGGCCACGGCCAGCGGCAAUGACGUGACGGUUGUGGGGAUGGAGAAGGCGCCGUUGGAGCGCGUGCUCGGUGAGAGGGUAGGCAACAUCGUCAGGAAAGGGGUGGAGGCGAAGGGUGUCAAAUUCUACAUGUCGGCCGGCGUCGAGAAGGCCGAGCCUUCUGCGUCCACGCCGUCCCACGUCGGAUCCAUCCACCUGAAGGAUGGCACCAAACUCGACGCCGAUUUGGUGAUUCUCGGCGUCGGCGUCGCGCCGGCGACCGAAUAUCUGAAGGGCAAUAGCGCUGUGCAGCUCGAGCAGGACGGGAGCCUGAAGGUGGACGAGGCGUUCUCGGUAGUCGGCCUCAAGGACGUGUAUGCGAUCGGCGACAUCGCUACGCACCCGUACCGCGGCCCCGGCGGCGAGGGCAGGCCCGUGCGGAUCGAGCACUGGAACGUGGCGCAGAACUCGGGCCGGUCGGUGGCCAGCCACAUCCUGAAGCCGGACCGCACGCCCGAGUUCUACACGCCGGUCUUCUGGAGCGCGCUCGGGUCGCAGCUGCGGUACUGCGGCAACACCACGGCCAGCGGCUGGGACGACCUGGUGCUGCAGGGCGACCCGGACCAGGGUAAGUGGGUGGCGUACUACGCCAAGGGCGAGACGGUCGUGGCCAUGGCCAGCAUGGGCAUGGAUCCCGCCAUGGCCCAGUGCGCCCAGCUGAUGUCGCUGAACCGCAUGCCGACCAAAUCGCAGCUCCAGGCCGGCUUGGACAUUCUCAGCAUCGCCCGGAUCCCUGGGCCGAGACUCGCGGCCAUCUCCAACGCCUGGCAGGCGUUUUAUGUGAGGAAUGGGAGAUCCCGCGACUUGGGAAAGACGCUUCAUCAAACUUAUGGACCAGUCGUCCGCGUCGGGCCCGACGAGGUGUGGUUCAACUCCGCAGAAGCGUUCAAGCAAAUUUACCGCGCCGGGAACGGGUAUGAGAAGUCGGAUUUCUACUUGGCGACAGCGCUGAAUAAGCCCGAUCUGGACUGGCGGCUCAACGUGCAUUUCCCGGACACGCUCGACCUACUUUCAGAGUUCGACGUCAGGCGGUACCGAACGCAGAGGCGUCUGAUCGGCCCGCUGUACUCAACUGCCAACCUCCUGAAAUUCGAGGCCGCCGUGGAUCAGGUCAUUAGACGUGCUAUUGCCGAGCUGAGAUCCCUGAACGGUGCCGAGGUCGACUUGAAGGAAUGGAUGCACAUCGUCACAGUCGAAUGCCUAGGGGCCGUGGUGCUCUCGUGGUCGCCGAGAUACAUCGAGAACCGGUCUGACGGCGGCACCAGCACCCAGAGCUAUCUCGGAUGGAAGCGAAAGAGCGUCUUCGGCCUGUUUCCCGCGGUGACCAAGAUCGCGUUCCUUUCCAAGACUGUCGGCCGCGCGUUCGCCAACAUCUGGGGUGUGACCUUCAAGACGCCAAAGAACUUCAAGCCCUUCUUUACGCCCGUUUACCAGAAGUCGUCCAAGAGGAUUGCUAGUGCCCUCCGCGAGUCAGCCUCAGCUCCGACGACAAAGGACCGCCGUAAAGACCUCCUUGCAGACCUGAUCCAGCUCCAUAAGGACCGGCCCGAGUUCACCGAGACAUACCUGCGCCGCCUCGCCGUGACCAACUUCGGGGCCGGCCAUGAAACCAUGUGCUCGGCGCUGACCGCCACCAUGGCCAUGAUCGGAUCUCAUCCCGGUGUCCAAGACAGAGUGUCAAGAGAGAUUCGCCGCAAUCCGGGACCACCAUCCUACGAUGCUGCGGUGCGCAUGCGGUACGCACAAGCGUGUAUCAAGGAGGCGCAGCGUUUGCACCCCGUUAUCAGCAUGUCGCUCUCGCGCAAGGUGCCCGCCGGCGGUCUCUCCGUCCAUGGCUACUUCUUCCCAGCCGGCACCACGGUUGGCUGCAACCCUGUAGCGCUGCACGUGAAUCCCGACAUCUUCGGUGACGACGCCGCCGAGUACAACCCAGACCGGUGGUUGCGCGAUGAUGACCCGGCCAAGGUGCGGAUCAUGGAGAGAACGAACCUCACGUGGGGUGCCGGGGCCAGGGCGUGUCCGGGGAGACACCUCGCCGAGAUGGUUGUCUACAAAGUGAUUCCGGCCUUGCUGAGAGAGUUCGACUUGAAGAUCACGGUCCUGCCCAAAGAGGAAGAGAUGCCCUGCUACUUCAUAGCGAUGAUGACAGGCGUUAAGGCGAGGUUUAUUCCAGCCGACUCUCGAGAUAGACUAGGUAGCGGAGAAAGCUCAAGGUGA